AUGGGUUCGAGGUUUACAACCCUCUAUGAAGAGGAUGAUAAUGACCAGGUAUCAGAACAGAUGCCUCAAGAGGUACAUGUUUUUGAGGCGGUUCGACAGCAGGGAAAUCAAGGUGGUACUGCACUUAAAUCACAAGGGAAGAAUAAGAGGUCGGGACACGAGGGGAAAGAUGGAAAUUAUAAAUCGGCUGAAAUGCUUGCACGAGCUAAGGUGGUAGAGAUGUCAGUGCUAGAGGGAAGGGUUGUAGAUAAAGAACAGCCAGCUCGGGCUUUUAAUCCUACACCCUUUGCUGCCGAGACUGGGUCGCUAAUCUCAGGGCUCCCUGCGCAGUCAGUAAGGAAUAUACAAGAUGAGGCCAUGGUGACUACUAUGCUCGAGGUGGAGCAAGUAUUGGGAGCUAAGCUAGGUGUUGACACCAAGGCUAAACCGCCCGACAAAGGCAAUGAUAAAUCGAACGGAAACAUAGAAGGAACAAGACACUUAAUUGGGAAGACGUCAGUGAUGCAAAAUGAGAUGGAGAAGGGGAGCCUUAUCACCAAGGCCCCCAACCACCCUGUCUAA